UGACUGAGAGGUGAAAUGGCGCAGAAAGGAGUUCAGCUGGACCGAGAAACCUUCUCUUGUUCCAUCUGUCUGGAUCUACUGAAGGAUCCGGUGACUACUACAUGUGGACACAGCUACUGUAUGAAGUGUAUUCAAACACACUGGGAUGAAGAGGAUAGAAAAGGAAUCUACAGCUGCCCUGAGUGCAGACAGACGUUCACACCGAGGCCUGUCCUACUGAAAAACACCAUGUUAGCAGUUUUAGUGGAUGAGAUGAAGAAGACUGGACUCCCAGCUGCUCCUGCUGAUCUCUGCUAUGCUGGAGCUGAAGAUGUGGCCUGUGAUUUCUGCACUGGGAGAAAACUGAAAGCCCUCAAGUCCUGUCUCAACUGUCCGGCCUCUUACUGUGAGAAACACCUUCAGCCUCAUUAUGAAUUACCUAUUUUUAAAAAACACAAGCUGGUGGAGCCCUCAGAGAAGCUCCAGGAGAACAUCUGCUCUCAGCACGAUGAGGUGAUGAAGAUGUUCUGUCGUACAGAUCAGAAGUGUAUCUGUUAUCUCUGCUCUGUGGAUGAACAUAAAGGCCACGACAUGGUCUCAGCUGCAGCAGAACGGACGGAGAAGCAGAAAGAGCUGGAGGUGAGUCGACAAAACAUCCAGCAGAGAAUCCAGGACAGAGAGAAAGAUGUGAAGCUGCUUCAACAGGAGGUGCAGAACAUCAAUCGCUCCGCCGAUAAAACAGUGGAGGACGGCGAGAAGAUCUUCAGCGAGCUGAUCCGUCUCUUGGAGAAAAGAAGCUCCGAGGUGAAGCAGCAGGUCAGAUCCCAGCAGGACACCCAAGUGAGUCGAGUCAAAGAGCUUGAGGAGAAGCUGCAGCAGGAGAUCGCUGAGCUGAAGAGGAAAGACGCUGAGCUGAAGAAACUCUCACACACAGAGGAUCACAACCAGUUUCUGCACAGCUACCCCUCACUGUCAGCACUCAGUGAGUCUACAUCCAGCAUGGAGAUCCGUCCUCUGCGCUACUUUGAGGACGUGACAGCGGCUGUGUCAGAAGUCAGAGACAAACUACAGGACGUCCUGAGAGAGGAAUGGAAAAAGCUCUCACUGACAGUGACUGAAGUGGAUGUUUUACUGUCAGAUUCACCAGCAGAGCCCACGACCAGAGCUGGAUUCUUAAGAUAUUCAUGUGAGAUCACACUGGAUCCAAACACAGCAGAUGCACAGCUGUUAUUAUCUGAGGGGAACAGAAAAGCAACAUUAACAGAGGAUCAUCAGUCCUAUCCACGUCACCCAGACAGAUUCACUGGAUGUUGGCAGGUCCUGAGUAGAGAGAGUCUGACUGGACGUUGUUACUGGGAGGUGGAGUGGAGAGGGGUUGAAGUUAAUGUAGCAGCUUCAUACAACAAUAUCAACAGAGCAAGUCCAUUUGCAUACAAUGACAAAUCUUGGUCAUUAGAUUGUUGUGACAACAAAUAUACAUUUUGGUACAACAACAUCCAAACUCCUGUCUCAGGUCCUCGGACCUCCAGAGUGGGAGUGUACCUGGAUCAUAGAGCAGGUAUUCUGUCCUUCUACAGUGUCUCUGAAACCAUGACUCUCCUCCACAGAGUCCAGACCACAUUUACUCAGCCUCUCUUUGCUGGACUUCGGCUUUAUUAUGAUUAUGGAGACACUGCUGAGUUCUGUAAACUCAAAUAACCAAAAUCAUUUAAAGGAUGCAAGUAAAAUGUGUUUUAACUCUUAAAGCUCCCAUAUUGUUCACCUUUGUUGUGUUUUUAUAUGAAGUUUUGUUAUCUAUAAGGAGAUAAAUAUGUAGUUUUACAUGCUAAAAAACAUCUCAGCUCAGUUGUACAUCUGCUCUCUCAGCCUCUCUCUGCAGCUCCAGCGAGCUCAGCCAAUCAGAAGAAAGGGUCGUGAAUAUCAAUGAGACAGGCUCAAAAUGAUCUGACAGUCUUGAGUGACACACCACCACCACCACCACCAGGUUAAUCACAGCUAACGGUUUGCAGCUUCUGUAAAACUCACCAGUAAAUGCAAACAGACGAUGUCCACCGCUGAGGAAAAUCAUCUCUGACUUUACAUGUUAGAGCUGGAGUCAGAGCCUGAAUCCCAGAUGAUGCUUCCCUUUGAAACAUGAAAUAUAUUACUGGUUCUAUUACGGGUCGUAGAUUUGGAGUCCGACAUGAUAAUGUGGAGCCGAUAUUUCUCAAAUGAAAAUGCUAAUUUCUGUGAACUAAAUUUUUGUUGAAUAUUUGAAUGUUGUUUUUCUUUCUACGUUUGGUUUGUUAAACCAAAUGUUGCUGUUAUAAUCAACGUACAAAAGAGGCUCUAUGAUGUAAUAUAAAACUAUAAUUGUCUGUACAAGAAAUCACUGAACAAAAAUCAUUUAACAAACUUCACUGAUGGGAUGUGUGAACAAACACAUUUUUUUCCUCUGUCUGUUUUUAUUUUAUUUACUGGAGCCUGUCAGUGCUCAUGAUAGAUUGUAUUUCCAUUUUUUUCCUCUUCUACUGUAUGGCUUUUAAAACACAGGUAUUUUUGUUCUCACAAUUUGGAAAUUUGUAAACAAAAUCAAUAUUUCUCUUUUCAUUCAUUUGUCAGAAAUUUUAUUUUUUUCCUUAUCUAAAUCAAUAUACAAAAGAGGUACAAUGGUGUAUUAUUAAACUUCACUUGUCAUUAUCAUAAUCGAAACAGGAAUAUUGAAUGAAUGUAAAUACAAACCACGCCUGUCUGGCCUAUCUGAAUACAGAUGCAGGUUACUGAGGACAGUUCAGCUAUUCACCAUGAAUGGAAAUAGAAAAAAUUCUAUGGUGUUUUCUGAUGGUGUAAGGGAAAGCUUAACUCAGCUGAUAUUAAGUUAAUCAGACUUUUUUCUAGAUUGAUGUGAUGGAAUGUGCUUUAUUAAACAGCAAAUGUCUGCUAUAAAUAACCUCCUUCCUGAUAUUAAGUUUCAUCCAGCUAUCACUGACCCUUAAAGUUUAAAACUCCUUCUCCAAGGCUAAUUCUGUUUAUCUUCUCCUCUGUGAUUGGUUAGAGAAAUCAAUGCAAGGAAGUGGCUUUUA